GGCAAAGUAGUUUCUCACUCUAGUUUCUCACUCAUCACCCCAUUAGGCAAUAGGCAUUAGCUACCAAUGCUCCCCAUACCUUUUUGCUCCCAUACUUCAAGAUAUACUUACUAUACUUUGCACAACACACACCAAAACAAAAAAAAAAAGAAACCCAAAAUUCCCACUGAUUUCCAGUUUUUUUCCACCCAGCCCAUCUUAAAUCUCUCCCCAUAAGCGCGUAAUCGUCUGAAUUUUCGCGUUCUCCGCUAAUUUUCCGGCAAUUUUUUUUUUCUGGAUUUUUUGGUUGAUAAAUUGUCGGGGUUGGGAGAUGAGAGAGAUCUGAGUAGCGAUUAACGUUGUCUGAAGAAAUGGAUGCUUCCGAGGUGUCGAUUGAUGGGCAUAAUGAUGCAGAAGGCUGUAAUCUCGCACAUGGAAACUCCGGCGCCGGAAAAGUGGAUGCUGAAACGGCGUUAUACACGGAGUUAUGGAGAGCUUGCGCCGGUCCUUUAGUUACCGUACCUCGUGAACACGAGCUUGUUUUCUAUUUUCCCCAGGGUCAUAUCGAACAGGUGGAGGCGUCCACUAAUCAAAGUUCAGACCCAAUGCCGGUGUAUAAUCUUCCGUCCAAUCUUUGUCGAGUCGUUAAUGUACUCUUGAAGGCUGAACCAGACACGGAUGAGGUGUUUGCUCAAGUUACUUUGAUGCCCGAGCCUAACCAAGACGAGAAUGCAGUAAAGAAGGAACCGCCUCCAGCUCCACCGCCUCGUUUUAACGUCCAUUCUUUUUGUAAAACUCUUACAGCAUCAGAUACCAGUACUCACGGUGGAUUCUCUGUACUGAGACGCCAUGCAGACGAAUGUCUUCCCCCACUCGACAUGUCAAGACAACCUCCCACACAGGAAUUAGUGGCCAAAGAUUUGCACGGGAAUGAGUGGCGAUUCAGGCACAUUUUUCGUGGUCAACCACGCAGACACCUCCUUCAGAGUGGUUGGAGUGUCUUUGUUAGUUCAAAGAGGCUCGUUGCUGGAGAUGCCUUCAUAUUCUUGAGAGGCGAGAAUGGUGAGCUACGAGCUGGAGUAAGACGAGCUAUGAGGCAGCAGAGUAACGCUCCGUCAUCAGUCAUAUCUAGCCACAGCAUGCAUCUCGGUGUUCUCGCAACCGCUUGGCACGCCAUUCAGACCAAAACCAUGUUCACCGUUUAUUACAAACCUAGGACAAGCCCAGCCGAGUUCAUUGUCCCUUAUGACGAAUACAUGGAGUCUGUUAAAAGCAAUUAUUCGAUAGGAAUGAGAUUUAAAAUGAAAUUCGAAGGUGAAGAAGCUCCUGAACAGAGGUAUACCGGAACUAUUGUUGGUAUCGAAGACGCUCAUCCGAAGAGGUGGCCGGAGUCUAAGUGGAGAUGCCUAAAGGUGCGGUGGGAUGAAACUUCAGCUAUUCCUCGACCAGACAGAGUUUCCCCGUGGAAAACAGAGCAUGCUCUGUCCCCACCUGCUUUAAAUCCACUUCCCCUGCCUCGACACAAAAGGCCUCGAUCUAGUGUUUUGCCCUCCUCACCCGAUUCCUCUGUUCUCACUCGAGAAGCUUCGUUGAAGAUGACAGUAGUAGAAACUUCUUCUGAGAAGCCAUUUUUGUGGGACCCCUCAUUAGACGAUGACAAGAUUGACGUUUCUGCUUCUAGAAGAUUCACAGAUCUAUUAUCUGGUUUCGACUCGAAAAAUAAUUCGCCCCGUGAUUUCGUCAGUCAUUUUUCGAAGAGACAAAGACAAGGGGAGUUUAGCUUCGACGACAACAACAACAUUUGGUCUACUACGACGCCUUCUUCUUCUUCGUAUGGUCUAUCGCUCAAUAUUAUGGAGUCUAGCUCGAAGAAUAAUAAUGGUGAAUUUAGAUACGGUGAUUUUGGAGAUUAUUCCAAUUAUCCACAAGCGAAUUGGUUUAUGAUGCCCCCUCCUAUUUCGCCCUACCUUCAAAUACCACAAGCUCGAUCGAGGGAGAUACUGCCCAAGUCUUUAUUUGCACAACAAAAACAUGAUGCAAUUGUGAAACCCAAGGAAGGGAACAACUGUAAGCUUUUUGGUUAUCCCCUUGUCAGUAAUUCUGCACCGUCGGAUCAAGCAUUCUUACACAGAAAUCCGACGGUCGAGCCAUCGGAUUGUACGAAAAAUGCGGUACAUUCCAAUCAAUCCCCUGUAUUUGAAUCCGAUCAACGGUCGGAUUUAUCAAAGGGCUCGAAAGUGGUGGAUUAUCCGGUGGCUACAAUUGAGAAAGAGAGCAAAGGUCACUCGGCUUCGACAAGGAGUUGCACCAAGGUUCAUAAGCAGGGUUCGGCCCUCGGUAGGUCUGUGGAUCUUACCAAGUUUGAAAAUUACGACGGAUUGAUUUCGGAAUUGGAUACUAUCUUCGAAUUUAAUGGCGAACUUAAAGAUAGGAACAAGAAUUGGCUAGUUGUGUAUAUCGAUGACGAGGAUGAGAUGAUGCUUGUUGGAGAUGAUCCGUGGGAAGAAUUUUGUGGUAUGGUUCGCAAGAUCUUAAUCCUUACAAAAGAGGAGGUGCAGCGUAUGAAUCCGGCGACUUUAAGUUCGAAAGGCGAAGAAAAUUCUUCGAUGCCAUUAUCGAGCCCCGAUGAUUGCUAGUUGUCCACCUCUAUCCAGGUGUAGUGCAGGGGAGGAAGGAGACUGUAUAUCAAUCUAACUGUCAAAUUUCGACAUUGAACGGUGAGAUGUGUACGGAGUUCCUUUAAUAUAUAUGCGAGAUUCUCUAUAUAGACGAACUUAUCAGUAUUUACAGUUUUGAAACCUGUUGGGGAACCAACUUCUGGUGCCCUAUAUGAUAUACUUAAUUAUAUAUAUAGCUGACAUUUGUAAGAAUGUAAAUAGUCACCGCCGAAUCCCCUUAGCAUCGAUGUAAUUGAGAACUGAAUACAAAGUCUAGUAUGUAUUUGUUCGUGCAUAGUCGAUGAUUUAAUAUUUACGCGAAAAUAUAUAUAUGUAGUAUAUUGGUGUUGGAGUUAA